GCCAGCUGCAGGCCAAUGCGUACUGUGAGAACCCAGACAUGGUGUUGGUGGGCAACAAGGCAGACCUGGCGGACCAGAGAGAGGUGCAGGAGGAGCAGGCUAAGGAACUAGCCGACAAGUACGGGAUCCGUACUUUGGAGACGUCGGCAGCGACGGGGUCUGAGGUGGACAAGGCGGUCCUCACUCUACUAGACCUGGUCAUGAAGAGGAUGGAGCAGUGUGUCGACAAACCCACCGCCGAGCCCGCAAACGGGGGAGGAGCCACCAAGCUGGAGGACGCUGCGCCUGACCAGAAGAAGUGUGCAUGUUAGACUUGGCCCCUCCCACGUCCCCUUCUCCCUACUCUGAUUGGUGCUCUAGCACCCCCUCUGGUGGCCAGACACAGAAGUGCAGCAGCAUCAUGAUGUGUGAGGGGCAGCUCAAGCAACCACACUGCAAUGGCGCUGUAGUUCUGGCCUUGCAUGGCCUGUGUGUACUGUGCUGGGCCUGACUAUAUGUCUCUCCUGUCCUGUCCUGUGUUGUGUCUCAAAUGUCACCCUGUACCUUAUUACAGGGCUCCCGAGUGGCGCAGCGGUCUAAGGCACUGCAUCUCAGCACUAGAGGCGUCAUUACAGACGCCCUGGUUC